ACAUCUGGUCUCUGGGGGUGAUGGUGAUCGAGAUGGUGGAUGGGGAGCCCCCCUAUUUCAAUGAGCCCCCCCUCAAGGCCAUGAAGCUGAUCCGCGACAACCUCCCCCCCCGGCUCAAGAAUGGCCACAAGGUGUCACCCUCCCUCAAGGGGUUCCUGGAGCGGAUGCUGGUGCGGGACCCGGCGCAGCGGGCGAGCGCCCCGGAGCUGCUCCGACACCCCUUCCUGGGGGUCGCGGGCCCCCCCGCCUGCAUCGUCCCCCUCAUGCGGCAGCACCGGCUCCGGUGAGACCCCCCCAGGAGGGGGGAGACCCCCCAGCCUCCUCCUCCUUCUCACUGGCACCCCCGAACUGGAGCGGCACUGGGACGUUACUGGUGGGGCGCUGGCGAGGGGCGCCGGCCCCCCAAAUUGUACUACUGAGCUGGGGGGGCACUCAGUGCUGCGGGCCCCCCCAGCAGAGAUCUGGGGCGUGGGGGGCGGCAUCAUCCUGGAGAUUUGGGGGUGCAGGGGCUAAUCCCGGUGCCCUCCCUCAGGCAGAGAUUUUAGGGAGUGGGGGGCUUAUCCUGGUGCUCCCUUUCUUCUUCCUUGCUGUCAGAGAUUUGGGGAGUGAGGGGCUCACCCCACUACCCCCCCCCUUUCGGACCCAUUUUGGGGCAUUUCCCUCCUUUUUUGUUUCUUUUAACCUCCUUUUUCUACUCCCAUUGGGCACUGGGGUGUGGCCCCCCCACAUCUCCAUGGGGGGGUCCCCAAAACUACAGCCCCUCCACCACACUACUGAUUUGGGGUCCCCUCCGGCCCUCCCCGCUCCCCAUUUUUGUUGAUUUUGGGUUUUUUUGUUGGUUUCCCCCCUUAUUGUUUUUUAACAAAGUGAUAUUUAUAUCGUUGGGUUUUGUACCGUGCGGGAUGGGGGGGCCCCGGGGGGGACACGGGGCCCCCCCAAAUUACAC